UUGUGUUGGGGGCAGAAGCAGGAGCAUUGUUGUGGAGCUGCAGGAUGUCCUGAGGAAGAACCUCAGCGUUACACUGCAGGAGCCUCUGAGCCGAGCGCAUUCGUGCACGCCGAGGAACCGAGGGACGGAUGAACUGGGUUCUGCUUCCAGUUUCACCUGGAGAAAACCGAGAAACAGGGAGAGAUCCACCGCUGGCAGCGUUGCUGUGGCAUCAGGAGGGACGACCCAUCAAGCGGAACUAGAAAGUGGCAAAGCUGAAGUGGAUUUUUAAGUUUUUUCCGCCGCUGAACUCUGGUCAGGAAAAAGUGGAAGUUGAAGUCCGCUGACUCGCGCCACGACUGCGGAGGUAUAGAAAGCAGAUUCUGAAGGAGUUUUUGGUCGUGUGUCGGACUCUUCAGCUGAGAGACGGAGCGCUUUGCGAUUUAAAUCGAGGUGUGAACUUCAAGGAGGUGAACAAAGAAAACGGGAGCGUUGUUUUUCACGAGAUACACACAUCGAUCGACAAUUUGGCGUUCACGUUUGGCAAUGUAGUGUCUGAUUUCCUUAUGGGAGAUGUGGACAGUGGCUCCAGCGUUGGGCCGCCGCAGGCCGGACGCAGCCGGUCCUUUGAGAACCUCUCUCGAGAUUCAGGAGGAUGUGAAGAGAAGGAUGGUCCGGCAGAUUCCUCUGUGCCGGUGUUUCGGGAGCUCUCCGCUGUAGAGAAGGUGGACCAGGCUCUGCUGAGGAAUGACAGCGGAGUUGAAUCUGCCCUGCUUUACGCCAAGGCCUGGUCCAAAUACACCAAAGACGUUCUGGCCUGGGUGGAGAAACGCCUCAGCCUGGAUGUGGAGUGCGCCAAAAGCUUUGCUAAACUGGCAGAAUCUGCUAAAGCUGUAGCGAGUCAGCAGGACUACAUGCCGUUCCGGGACAUUUACGUCUCUGCAUUCAAGAACGAGAUUGAGUACAGUCAGCUCCUCCUGCAGACAGCUAUAGCGCUCCAAACCAACAAAUUCAUACAGCCGCUAGUGACCCGCAAGAAUGAUCUGGACAAACGGAGAAAGGAGCUGAAAGAGCAGUGGCACAGGGAGCAGAAGAAAAUGACUGAAGCAGAGGGCGCUGUCCGUAAAGCUCAUCUGCUGCAGACUCAGCGGAGGGAGGAGUACGAAAAAGCCCGAAACUCCACCAGCCGCAGCGGGGAGGAGCAGCAGAGCGCAGGAGGAAAAGGCCUGGAGAAAAAGAGGAGGCUGGAGGAGGAGGCACUGCAGAAGGCGGAGGAAGCCCAGGAGCAUUAUAAAGCUUGUGUGGCCGAUGCGGGAGCGAAGAGGCUGAACCUGGAGAACGCUAAGAGUGAAAUCCUCACUCAGAUCCGAGAACUCGUCUUUCAGUGCGACCUCACGCUCAAAGCAGUGACGGUGAACUGGUUCCAGCUGCUGCACGCUCAGACCGCUUCGUUGCCGGUGAAGUUUCAGGCUCUGUGCGAUCAGGCGAAGCAGUAUGAGCCGGGUCAGUGCUACUCCGAGUUCGUCCACAGUCUACCGAAAGAGCGCGUGUGGCUGGAGGCGCUCGCUCAGGACAGCACCGGACCCUCCAGGACAGGGAUAUCGUCGUACCAUAAACGUUCUCUGAGCAGCACACACUCGUCUCACGGUUCCGGAGCGGUCGGAGACGGGCUCCCCGCCGACGAGCAGAACAGCCCCGCCCACCGCCGGGUCAACAAGAUGGCCGACAAACGUUCCAGCAGCACUGCAGAUAUUCAAGGUGUGAAGCCACAGUGCCCCCCUCAGGCGUGGAGCAGCACUGGCUCUGUGGGGGGAGGAGGGGUGGGCAGUGACUCUGAGAGUGCUGGAGGCAGCAGUGAGACUCGCUCUGUAGACUCUCCUACAGCCAGUCCAGGUGAUUUUAAACGUAGGCUUCCCAGAACCCCCUCCACUGGCACCAUGUCGUCUGCAGAUGAUCUAGAUGAGAGAGAACCUCCUUCACCUUCAGACAACGGUCUGGGUGAGAUGAUCAUGGAGGCGGCGAGUUCCCCCGGACCGUUCCGGAACGCUCAGAUGUCCAAAGCAGCGCACACGCACAAGCUGAGGAAACUGCGAGCCCCGUCCAAAUGCAGAGAGUGCGACAGCCUGGUGGUGUUCCAUGGAGCCGAGUGCGAGGAGUGUUCUUUGGCGUGCCAUAAGAAGUGUUUGGAGACUCUGGCCAUUCAGUGCGGUCAUAAGAAGCUGCAGGGCAGGCUGCACCUGUUCGGGAUUGAUUUCGCUCAGGCAGCGAAGAACAGCCCUGACGGAAUCCCCUUCAUCAUCAAAAAGUGCACCUCGGAGAUCGAGAGCCGCGCGCUCAACAUCAAGGGUAUUUACCGAGUGAACGGAGCGAAGUCUCGUGUGGAGAAGCUGUGUCAGGCUUUUGAGAACGGCAAAGACCUGGUGGAGCUGUCUGACCUGUACCCUCACGACAUCAGCAACGUCCUCAAACUCUACCUGAGACAGCUGCCGGAGCCGCUGAUUCUGUAUCGCUAUUAUAAUGAGUUCAUCGGUUUGGCGAAGGAGGCGCAGAGCGUGCUGGUGGAGGAGGCGGAGUCUGCUCAGAGCCGGCCCCCGGGGGAGGAGCCAGGCCUCAGCAUCGACCUGAACAGAACCAUCUUCAAAAUUCGAGACCUUCUCUGCCAGCUGCCCCCAGCACACUACAGAACUCUCCACUUCCUCAUAGCACACCUGCACAGAGUGACGGAGCGAGCGGAGGAGAAUAAAAUGACGGCCAGUAACCUGGGCAUCAUCUUCGGGCCGACGCUGAUAAAGCCGCGGCAAUUGGAGGCGGAGGUGUCGCUCUCCUCCCUGGUGGACUAUCCCUACCAGGCCCUGAUGGUGGAGCUGUUCAUCACUCACCAGAACAAGAUCUUCGACGUUCCUCUGAGCCCCGUCGCUCCUUUAAACGCUCCAGCACCGCACGGCUCUCCGUCACCAUACACCCGCGACAAGGACAGGCUCAGCCGCCACUCCAGAUCUCUACUGGACAUCAAAGAGCAGAGCUCUAAAGCAUAUAAGAGACACUCCUCCGUCAUCCCCUCCUCACAUUUGCUGGACGAAGUGAAGGAUGUGAAACCGGGAGACACAAAAGAGGGAAAAGAGGACACAACACAAGCAGCUGAUUGUACUGAUGGCCUGAACGGUGUUGGUUCAGCAGCAGAGGUGCAGAGGUCCACGCUGGUUUUUGGCCGGCCCAGCACGACCAGUGGUCUGGUGCAGCUCCGCCCACACCGCUCUCGCUAUGUCUCUCGACCAGUCAGCAUGCCCGUGGACCGGCUGCUGAAUGAGCGCAACAGACAGAACUCCGUGGAGCGGGAGAGCGUUCCAGCCGUCAUCCAGGAGGUUGCGGAGCCAGAGAAAUCGGACGGGCGCUACAGGAGCCCCUUCAUUCACACACACACGCUGCGGCGCACCUGGGACAAGCAGUACAGGCACUACGACGUCACGCCCCGGACCGCCAUGAUAGUGGCCAACCUGCCUCCAUCUGGAAUGACGGAAAAAACCAAACCGGCCACCGGAGCUGAGCCCGCUUCUGGUUCGAGCGCCGUUAGCGCGGCAUCCCAAAGCAGCCCGUAUACGGUCAGCAAUACGGUCACCAUCCGGCCUUUUAGAACCUCCUGGAAGGACAGCAGUAGCGCUCAGAGCGGAGAGGGACCGAUCGCUUUCAGAGCGCCAAGGACGCUUCAGCCACCGCCCGGAACUUUCUACAAACCGCCCACAGCCUCGCGCGCCAGGCCAGCGGACGGGGAGAAAAGUGCUACGUCCUCUACUACAGCAUCCGUUACCACGGCGAUGGAUUUGCGGACAGUUACCGCUUCCUCUACUCCAGCAUCUGUUACUAUAGCAACAGUUACUGCAGCAUCGUCUGUUACCACAGCAACAGUUGUCACGAUGGUUUCCGUGACGAUGGGAGCACCAGUGGCCACAUUGGCGGUUUCUACGACAACAGCUACAGCUGUAGCCACGCCCGCUGUCGCGACAGUACCACUGUGUAAGGCAUCGGAAGCAUCAGAGGACUCUCGGUCAGAGAGCGGCUCGGUUGGGUCGGACGCGGUCAGUUUAUCGGCUUUUUCUCCCCCCCAGUCUCCGUCCUCCACCCCCGAGGACCUGAGCCCCACCGACGGCAAACCCGCGUACCAGAGACUGCGGAGCAGCCGCCGCCUAAUACCGAAUGAGCUGGAACGCAGGGAGGCUCACUUCGUAUAAAAACUGCCAUCAGCUCGGACAAAUCGCAGAUUUUAUUCUUUGGG